AUGGACGGAACCCUUAGACAGACCCUGGUCCAUGAGAAUAUCCAGUGGCCCACAGGUCUGUAUAGCAUUAGCAUUGUAGCCUAGCAUUAAUACCUAGCAUUAUACAUUGUAGUAUGCUGAGCCUGGUCUCUGUUUGUGUUAACUCUCCUCUGCUUCUCCUCCUUCUCCCUCCAGGUCUGGCAGUAGAUUACUUCAACGAGCGUCUCUACUGGGCGGACGCUAAGCUCUCUGUCAUCGGGAGCGUGCAUCUCAACGGCUCCGACCCUGUCAUUGCCGUCACCGGACUCAAAAACAGUUCAGUUCCCCUUCAUACUUAUCAGGGUUGGGGUUCAGUGCUACAUAGUGUAUUUAUAUGAUGUUAUGUUUUAUGUUGAAUUCUGUGUGAAAUUCCUCUCGUUUCCACAGAUUCCAAAUUGCUAACUGUAAGCAGGCUAUUGCUCUCACCAACAGGUGUCACUGUUCUACAGAGUUGUGCCUUCACUUCUCAGAACUACAUAAGAGUUUGAGCAGCAUGGAUAACAAAACUCUCUCUCCUUACCUCUUCAGACCUUCUCCAUCCAUUCAGCAUCGACAUCUUUGAGGACUACAUAUAUGGCGUCACCUACAUUAAUAACUUUGUGUUCCGGGUCAACAAGUUUGGCAAGGGCCCCAUGGAAAACUUGACCACUGGCAUUAACCACGCCACAGACAUAGUCCUCUACAACCGCUACAAACAGCCAGAGAGUGAGUGUCUGUCUGUCUGUCUGUCUAUCGCUCCCUUCCUCAUUGGAAAUACCUCAAAUGACACCCUAUCCAUUAUAUACAGUAGUGCACUACUUUUGACCCCUAUUCACCAUAUAGUGCACUUCUUAUUUUUGACCUCUUAUUCACUAUAAAGUGCAAUACCGUAAACCCAUAUUCCACACAUAGUGUUCUUCUGACCCCUAUUCCCCAUAUAGUGCACUACUGUUGACAUUCACUCCACAUAAAGUGCACUACUGUUGACCCCUAUUCCACAUAUAGUGCACUACUGUUGACAUUCACUCCACAUAAAGUUCACUACUGUUGACCCCUAUUCCACAUAAAGUUCACUACUGUUGACCCCUAUUCCACAUAUAGUGCACUACUGUUGACCCCUAUUCCACAUAAAGUGCACUACUGUUGACCCCUAUUCCACAUAUAGUGCACUACUGUUGACCCCUAUUCCACAUAUAGUUCACUACUGUUGACCCCUAUUCCACAUAUAGUGCACUACUGUUGACCCCUAUUCCACAUAUGUGCACUACUGUUGACCCCUAUUCCCAUAUAGUUUCACUACUGUUGACCCCUAUUCCACAUAUAGUGCACUACUGUUGACCCCUAUUCCACAUAUAGUGCACUACUGUUGACCCCUAUUCCACAUAAAGUUCACUACUGUUGACCCCUAUUCCACAUAUAGUGCACUACUGUUGACCCCUAUUCCACAUAUAGUUCACUACUGUUGACCCCUAUUCCACAUAUAGUUCACUACUGUUGACCCCUAUUCCACAUAUAGUUCACUACUGUUGACCCCUAUUCCACAUAUAGUUCACUACUGUUGACCCCUAUUCCACAUAUAGUUCAGUGGGGUUUGCCUUUAUCAUGCUCUGGUUCUUACUGUCUAUUCUAUCGCUCUGUGAUUCAGUGACCAACCCAUGUGACAGGAAGAAGUGUGAGUGGUUGUGUCUGCUCAGCCCCAGUGGUCCAGUCUGUACCUGUCCUAACGACCGCGUGGCUGAAAACGGCACAUGUGUGGAGAGACCCCCUCCCACACAGUCUCCAUUCUGUAAGUACACACACACGCACGCAUGUACAUAUGCGCACACACACACACACUCUAUCAAUAACCUCUCCCCCUAUCUCCUGCCCCCCAACCCCUCUCCUCCCAGCUCCCCCGUCCGGGCCGUGUACGGUCCUGUGUCUGAACGGCGGGAACUGCUUCCUGAACGCCAGGCAGCAGGCUAAGUGUCAGUGUCAGUCCAGCUUCACGGGAGAGAGGUGUGAGGUCAACCAGUGUAGAGACUACUGUAAGAACGGAGGGGCCUGCACUGCCUCCGUCGCAGGUAGGUCAUUGGUGUGGCCGCAAACUAUUCUAGGUGGCUGCCAUUUUCUAUUGCAGACUCUAGGGGCUGAAUCCUAACUUGAUGCAAAUUCUCAUGUUAUUCGCGCGUUGAUAUUCAUCCAAACAUAUCUCAGGUUAGGAUUCAGCACUAUGUGUGUUAGGUAGUCACAUAGUAUUUAGCCUACAUUAUAUUUUUGUUCUUAUUUAGCAUGACCCUUUGUUUCCAGUGUAACGUCCACACCCGUCUUACUUAACCUUUGACCUUGUCAUUCUCUCUUCCAGGGGCCCCUACAUGUCGCUGUCUGAAGGGCUUCACGGGGCCCCAGUGUAACCUGCACACCUGUCAGGACUACUGUCACAAUGGAGGCAACUGCACCGUAUCCCAGGGCAACCAGCCCACCUGUCACUGUCCGCCUGAGUACCUGGGAGACCAGUGUCAAUACAGUGAGUGCAUAUUCUAUAAAGGGUUAAUAAGAGGUUAUUUACCCAACCAUGUGCACAACUUCCAAGUCAAGUGGAUGUUGAGCAUUCAGCUUUGUAUCAGCUUGGUAUAACAGUGUACCGAAAAGUAUAGUUCCUGUAUUUUCAUCUGGAUCUGUCAUUCGUCUGAUUUUAAUUAUUUAUUUUGAAGCAGUUCAGCAAAAAACAUUUAAAUAACCUGUCUUCAAUCCACUUCUUAAUGCAAUACUUAAUCACUAAUCAGAAAUGGCUCAAAAGGAGAGUCUUCACUGUGAGACUGUAAGCUCUAUUUCUCUGCCUCUCAAUCUGCUCACCCCCCUCCAGGUAAAUGUGAGGAUUACUGUAAGAAUGAGGGGAAGUGUCUGCAGACAGCCAAUUCCACCAAGCUGUGUCGCUGUCCCCCUCAGUUCCACGGACAGCUAUGUGAGCUGGACAAGUGCGAGUACUGCGGACCCAACGGCAAGUGUCUGCCCAAAGCCUCAGGAGAGGUCAUGUGCAGGUAGGAGUGCACGCUACAUACACACACACACACACACACACACACACCACACACACUGUUCAGUCCGUUCACGCUCACACAUGCACAGAUGCACACACACUGCUCAGUCACACACACACACCUUACACACACAUUCUGCUCAGUCCCCAGUUUGUUUUAUCUUAAUAUACGAGUUAUCCUGGUGUUAUCCUCAAAAACAAUUAUCUGGUGUUGUUUGUUCACUCACUCUCUCUGUCCUUGUGUCUGUGUACCUGUCUAUGUCCAGCUGUCCUAACGGUCAGACCCAACCCAGCUGCUACACCUGUCUAGAUUUCUGCACCAAAGGACUCUGCUCUAUCCAACCACGCACGCUCCUGCCCCAGUGCAAGUAAGAGGAUGGAACCCUAUCAUACACACACGUAUUUAGGGGUCUCUCUGUAUCCUGUGUGAUGUGUAUUUGGGUGUCUCUCUGUAACCUGUGUGAUGUGUAUUUAGGGGUCUCUCUGUAACCUGUGUGAUGUGUAUUUAGGGGUCUCUCUGUAACCUGUGUGAUGUGUAUUUAGGGGUCUCUCUGUAACCUGUGUGAUGUGUAUUUGGGUGUCUCUCUGUAACCUGUGUGAUGUGUAUUUGGGUGUCUCUCUGUAUCCUGUGUGAUGUGUAUUUGGGUGUCUCUCCGUAUCCUGUGUGAUGUGUAUUUAGGGGUCUCUCUGUAACCUGUGUGAUGUGUAUUUAGGUGUCUCUCUGUAACCUGUGUGAUGUGUAUUUAGGGGUCUCUCUGUAACCUGUGUGAUGUGUAUUUAGGGGUCUCUCUGUAACCUGUGUGAUGUGUAUUUAGGUGUCCUAUAGAAUGGAGGGGGUAUCGAUGUGAAGUCAUUGCCUCUCCUGUGGAUUCUCCUGUCUCCAGUGGAAGUAAGUUACUUUAGUCUCUUUACAGUGUCAGUGAAACACAUGUUAUAACUACAGAUUAGAACACAUGAUUAUAGCACAAUACAUGUUAUAACCUGUCUGUCUCUCAUUGGUCGAUGUGUUGCAUAUAUUCUGUUCUCAUUGGUGUCCAUGUUGCUCUCUCUGCAGGCUCUGCCUCCAUAGUCAUCCCAGUGCUGCUGCUGUUGUUACUGGCGCUGCUUGUCGUCGGGGCGAUCUUGUGGUACAAGAGGAGAAUGCGUGGGUGAGUAGACCAGGGGUUUCCAAACUCUUUCACUCAGGCCCCCCUUCCAGCAUUGGGGAACAUCCCGCGCCCCUGCCACGUCUAUCUCUAUGGGCACCAGCACUGUUCAUGACACAAACUGUUCACAACCGUCUUGUUGGCGGAGGAAUUUUUUGGCAGGUUUUAAAGCUUAUUUCCUGCAAUUCUACACAUUUUGUAAUGAGGUGCAGAGAAAAUGUUACAGUUUUCUUGCAAUUCUGUAAAUUUUUCCAUUUCCAAUGUGUAUGCUUGUGAUAUUUGUGAGACUCAAAUAUUGCAACAAAAUCUAUGGGCUAAAAAAACCUAGCUAAAAAACAAUAGCUGGCAUGGGCUAGUUGAUCUGGACAUUUCUGACAAGUUAUAAAUGGCUCUCUAAGGUAUGCAAUGACUGCCAUGACAAGAGGAUUCUACUAGUGCAUUCUACUAACUGAGCCCCUGUCCCCGGGGGGGGGGGGGACCCCCACCCUACCGACUCCAGAGUUUGGGAACCACUAGAGUAAACAACCAUUGUGUUGAGACUGGGUGUGAGAGCUCCCACUCAUUCUGUCAAACUCGAAUCUCUUUUCCACCUUUCAUCUGUACCUCCCACCAUCACACUCCCUCUUUAUCUCUAUUUUCUCUCUCUUUUCUCUCUCUUUUCUCCGUCUCUCUCCCUCUUUCUAGGUCUGCAUGGCCGGGCAAACGCUCCCGACGUUCUCGGUAACUUAAUAGGGUCAUGUCUAUCACCUGUUUCCCCCCCUCUCCCCAAUGCCUCAUCUAAACCACCAUCUUGUCUGUCGGUCCAGUGACGGUCCUCCAUUUUGCUGGUCUCUCUGUAGGAGAGUGUCUGUCUGUCCGUGCCUCCUCUCUCUUGUUCAGUACAGGGUUUCCCACCCAGGAACGCAGGGGUCUAUUGACAGAUAGAUUGACUGGUUCUUCCUUACCCAUCCAUACCUUUCCCUGUCUACAUGUAUAAAUAUUUGUAUCUAUCAGUGAUGCUUCUGUGCCUGCAUUGUAGCAGUGGAACAUUUGCGUUGUGGAAAAUCCAGCAUUCACCAGGAUAGACACUGGAUGUGUCCAAAUGGCCUUUGAAAAAAGCACAUUUGCAUUUUCAAUGUACCGUGGUUCGGUGUUGCCUUGACUGUGUGGAAUCGUUUUCCUGUACUGUACAUGUAGCUGGUGGUGUGUGAUGGUUUGGUGUAUGCUGGAUUUCUCUCUCCUGUCAGUGGCUUGAUUCAAGGCUCUCAGUGCUUUCAGUGUGUGUUCCUGUGUUGUAGCUACGUCUAUGCUACUGUUAAAGUGUUGAGAAGAAACAAACUCACUGUGUGUGUGUGUGUCCACAGUGCUAAGGGCUUCCAGCACCAUAGGAUGACCAACGGGGCCAUGAACGUGGAAAUAGGAAACCCAGCCUAUAAGAUCUACGAAGGGGAGCCAGACGACGAUGCUGGGGAACUCCUGGAUUCAGACUUCGCUUUAGAUCCAGACAAGGUAACAACACACUCACUUAUAUUCACACUUGAUCCAUCUUAAAUAGUUAACACUUGUUUUAACCCUCAGGUUACUUGUUUUAACACUGCAGCACUUCUUAACUCAUAGGAAUUAAAUUGACACAUCAAAAAAAGUGCACUCCAUGAGACUCUGCCUCUAGACUACCUGGAUUGCAAUGAAACCUAAUUUAGGACCCUUGUAUGCUCUUUGUCCAAACAUUAUUUCUGUGUUCCCUCCCUGCAGCCUACCAACUUCACCAACCCAGUGUACGCCACCCUGUACAUGGGAGCCCACAACAGUCGCAACUCCUUGGCUAGUACAGACGAGAAGAAAGAGUUACUGUCACAGGGGGAUGAUGGGGAGGAUGAGGACAUGAGUGACCCGCUGGCAUAG